GUUGUCUUCAUGAUACAAAAUCCCAUUAUUAUUCCGGUAUUUUACUGCCCUAAUUAGAAAGGAAGAGACGGAAGUAAAAGUUCAAGCGACAAAGCGGCCGAUUGGACCGAAGGGUUCGACGGACGACCGAGUCAACGACGCCUCUUUCGCCGCCAGCCCGUCAUCGCGCGUCCUUGGACGCCUCUCCAAGACCAGGACUCCACGACUGAAGUGCCUCACGCAGACCACGCAGUUACGCGGCUCACGGGAGUCACCGGCUCGCCACCCACCGUUCACAGACUCACGGUCAUCCCCUUACUGCCUCGGACCUCCGUAUUCGGGCCUCUAAUUUGUCACUGUUGCCAGGUAGCGGUACCUAUCAUCAGCGGCCUACAAAGCACACCCCCAUGGCCUCCGCUACACCGCCACCACCGCGUUCCACCUUCUCCAGCGGCCUUCAAAGCACUAGGAAACCUCUAGGUUUAUUCGCCAAUGCUAAGAAGAGAAAACACAGCUUUGUUCAAUUCUUCGCGAUGACUGGAAUUCUGCUGUUGAGCGUCCGCUCUCUGGGACAGAAAUACCGAAUCAACGAUCUCCAAGAGGACAUGGCAGGGCUGAAAGAAGAGGGAGAUGGCCUCAGUAAACGAAUGGAUCGCAUCAAGCAAAGCCUUCUAGCUGAGGCUGCCACCGAUCCCACCGGCCUCUUUGCUUCACGGCUUCGCCUUCUCUUCACCAAAGACAAAAAAGACUAGCUUAGUCUUAGUGGGUUGUAAUAUUUUUUACCGGUUUUUCCUUUCCCCCAAAUUUCUAAUCUUUUCCUGUAUUCGAUAAUCCUGAAUCACAACAUGUUGUUUUAGAUUUGCAAUUUAUGAUUUAUUGAGAAUGAAAAAAAAAAGGGAAAAAUGUUUUGGGUUAUUCCUGUGAGGUGGCUCAAAUAUGAAUUUGUAUUUAACUAUUUAAAUAGGGGUUACCAGCUAGUUUACCCAUGCUAUUGAAAUAUAACCCGUAAGCUUCAU